AUGAUGUUGCCCUUCCAAUCGUACAUUCUUUUCUCAUUGCUAGCAACAAUAUUCUGGACCAUCGGCUGCGAUGCAUUGCAGCAAAAGCGACCCAUCGCUUUCGGCAGUAGCGUCGAGAAACGAAACCUCGGAGGAAAGUUGAAAGACUGGUAUCUGGCAGGUGUCACCAAGAACUACAUGUGUACCGACACGGGUCGUUUGGUGCCCGUCGAUCCGCAGACAGGUCAUAUGCUGUUGAAAGGGUUGCGAAAGCGAGACAGCUGGUUCGACGAUUUGGUCGGUCAUUCGCACGACACUGAGCAGGGGCUCUGCCGUAAUCCUACAUGGGUUUUGCCUCCCGGUUGGACGCAACCGAUCCCGGUGACGCAGUUCAACGCUCAGUACCCGUGGGUGACGGUCGAUGAUCGUGGACAGAUUCGGUUCCGCGAGGAGUAUAGUAACUGGUUGAAGCAGCGGGCUGGCUCUGGAGUCGGAUCGCAGACGAUGGGCCAACCAGCUAGUGGCACGAGUGGUGCUCCUGCAGCGGUACCGGAUGGAGGCGUCGGCUACGUUCCACCGUCAGCAUUGAACGUGGCUGCCGGCACGGGUACCAGUUCUGGGCUGGGGCAAAACGAUUUCGGUAACGGUAUUUCGGCUGGCAAUGUUGCACACGUCUGA